GGACGUCAUUCUGAUUCCAGACGAGCAAGUGUCAUUUUCGAGUGCGAACACAAAUUCACACAACAGAAAAAUGUCUCUUCUGCCAUAUUUGUUCGACGAUUGGGCGUUCGGACGUCCCCGCCGCCUGAUGGACCAGCAUUUCGGCUUAGCAUUGACGCCCGAGGACCUUCUAUCGGUGGCCGCCGGACCUUUGCUCUCCAGGGAAUACUACAGACCAUGGCGCCAUCUUGCAGCAGCAGCUAAGGACCUCGGCUCCAGCAUCAAAGCGGACUCUGAUAAGUUCCAAAUCAACUUAGAUGUACAGCAUUUCGCUCCAGAAGAGAUCUCCGUGAAGACUGCUGAUGGCUACAUCAUCGUUGAAGGUAAACACGAAGAGAAGAAAGAUGAACACGGCUACGUGUCUCGGCAGUUUGCUAGAAGAUACGCAUUACCAGAAGGCACGCUGCCUGAAACCGUUGAGUCGAAGCUGUCGUCAGAUGGCGUGCUAACUAUCACCGCACCAAGGACAGUUCCAGAAUCUAUCAAGGGCGAAAGAAAGGUUCCUAUCGCACAAACUGGGCCAGUUCGUAAAGAAAUUAAAGACCAGAAUGAAGGUACCAGCGAUCAGAAAGAAGACAAGUAAUCGGUUUAAAUUUAUACCUUAUUUUAAAAAUAUUCCUUCUGUAGUUUUAAGUGUAAUUCAGUUUUUACAUUUCCAAGUAUCGGCAGUGCCAUUUAAGACUGAGUUUGUGUUUAUUUUAUAAGUAAAUAAAUUUUCUUUGCUUCUAA